UUUCAGUAGCUGAAACCAAACUUUAAAGCAGACCGUGUGUUUGAAGACAAUAUGAGCAACUUUCACUUUACCCGUGUAGCAGUUUUCCUAACCGUAGUAUGGCAGUUUGUGGUAGCCGAUAUUUAUUUACACAAUCCAAGGGGAGGUAACAACAGAUUGGAUGAAGAAAAUAGAAAUGUUCAGAACAAUAAGAGAGUGUUCGACUCCCAGAACAACAACAGAGGGGGUUACAAUGUGGGGUCACUGUAUUACUACGCAGGGUCAACUCUGCAGAUAGAAUGGACUAACCAGCACUCGUGUAGUAGUCCAAACAGUCACUGCGAGAUUGUUCUACAGUACAUGUGUGAUGACCAACUCAGGGACGGGGCCUCCACAGGCACAAUACCGUUGGACCCCAAUAAAUGCAGACUGGGAAAUUGUAAUACUGACAAGGAAUAUGGCAUGAAUGAAAACUUUGAACAUUAUCUUAAUUGUCGGUCACGAGAGCGCAACAAGGGGCUAUUUAUUGCCGACCAGAAUUUAAACAACAGAAACAAAGCAGUGAAUACUCGACAGAAUCCGAAUGGACAGCGCUAUGGUUACGAGUGCCCGGAGGAGCGUGACUAUUACCCCUACUGGGGCCCCUCCCCCUGGAAGGACAUUGCUGUGUUGACGAAUGAUGCCACCAGGUGUCCUCAUUACAAGGCGGAGAGUGCGAAUGUCAAACCUCGCUUUGGCUGCGUGAUGCCACCAGACGUGCUCCGGGAAAACAUUGGUCGAAUCACAUUACCCAUCACAAAGGAGGCUUGUGAGGUGUACAGAUACCCGUCUAAUGACCCUGACGGGGUACAAGCAGAGUGGAAAGAAUACCCCGCCUUCGGCAUCGGGGCCCCCGAUUGUCGGGAGACUCAGUUCUCUAGGGACAAUCACCUAGGCAACGGAAUUGGAGGUCAUCCCUUGGUCUACAAUUGGACGGUGCCUAAUACUAUUCACGAGAACUGUGCCAUGAGAAUAAGGUACAAUAUUUCGACCGGUGACUAUGAUAGUUGGAACACAACUUAUAGAACAGACGUGGAUGCCAAGUUGGCAGAGAAUCUUGGACUUUCUCGGACUGAGGCUGACCAACGAGGUUUUCUAUUUGAAAAUAACCCAGCAGUCAAAGUGUUUUCUGAUGCAAACUUCGAUUUGGAAUUGGCCGUAAACACCGCACAAUUUGGUCGUACUUUUCAGGACAGAUCGUUUGCCUUUGCGAUUCGUUCCCCGCCUGCCGGAUCUACAGGUAAAACAAUUUCUAACCUCAAUGUUCGGGGAAAGCGAGGAAACAUAGUGCAAGUGUACCCAUCCGUGGAAUACGACUUCGUUCCCAACAACCUGGAGAUGGGAACCUCAAACUACAUUCACAUUCAAUGGACAGGAUCCAACACAAACAAUGCUAACAAUGAUGGAAAUGGACAGGCCCGGUCAGAUCGCAACAAUAUCGUCCAGCUUGGAGAUGCCACGUACGAUGAGGGCGAUUUAAAGAAUUUUGGCCCUGGGGCUAUCUAUGGAAAAUAUGGAGUGAACUACCCAGCCCAUGCCGUUAAUUCAUCAUUCCUAGGCCUCAGUCAACAGGAUCUGCUGCAUCUGGCAUUUAAUUCCCCGGGACAUUUUGGCGGCGAGCUCUCCCAGCUUGACGACGCUGGGACGUAUUUUGACCUUGGACUUCGUAUGAUCUCGCAGGAAGGGACGUACCAAUACAUGUGCACACGUAACAAUGACUUCUCCAACCGAGAUCAGAAGGGUCGAGUGAUGGUUCUGCCAUACCUCGCACAAAACCAGGCCAUCGGCUGGGGAGGGGGAACACUGGCUCUAGCUGAUGAGAAAGCCAAAGUGAUGGUGAAGCAAGGUGUUUUCUCUUCACUGCAGGCUUUACGAAUGGAGGAAUGGUCGCCGGAACAGGCGCUGGGAGCUGGCCGACUCCGCAGUGAACCGGGUGGAGAUGACUACGCCAGUAACUUCAUCGUACUACAACCAGAAACAGUGAUGACCCAGAAUGGUGCCACCUUCACAGUGCAAAUGAAAAUUGACCCCGAUGCCAGUGGCGUCGAAAUUUAUAGUUCCAAAUCUCAGGACAUGGCAACUUGGACACAGGUUCCAUCUUCAGUCAGCGGAGGAACCGCCAGCUUCCAGGCGAACCAAGGCGGUGUCUAUGUGGCAAGGUCACACAAAAACAUCGGCCCCAUCAUCGGGAUUGUGGCGGCCUGUGUGGUGGUAGCUUUGGUUGUGGUAGCCACAAUCGUGUAUUUUAGAAGAAAUCCAGAAAGAUUUCAGAAACUAAAGAGUGGUGCGAGGAAGGCUGAAAGAUCAAUGCAGAAUAAGGUGUAAAGCAGAGGGACGACUAUCACAAAGACAGUCUCUGUAAUCUUAUCAGGGACGAUUAUCACAAAGACAGCCUCUGUAAUCUUAUCAGGGACGAUUAUCACCAAAGACGGCCAGUGUAGUAUUGUCAGUUCAUUCAUUCAGCUGAAGGGUGCUGUAGAUCAAAGUCGUUUGUUAUUUAAUCAAAAAGUCUCUUAUUAUGAUUCAUUGACAUGUAUACAAAACAGAGUUGACUGUAGUUUUUUUAAUUUUGAUUAUUCAUACUGUUUUGAUAGAAAUUCCUGUAUAAAUAUAAAAUAAGAGAGGGGGGGGGGGGGGGGGUGAGGAGAUAAUGCAAACUGUUGACAGGAAAAUUUUCACUUCCAUUAUACAUUAUAUUUUUGCCCAAUUCGCCCACAUCUUUGACUAAUUCAAAUCUCUUCAUUGCUCUUGUGUAGCACAAAAUGGGUAAUGGGGAAUUUAAGAUAAUAAAAUCUUUUCUCAAAAAUAUACAGUAUUUGCAUAACUGACAUGAGGUCAUCUUGUUCUGCGUUUUCAUCAUUAUGAUAUUCACCACAUAUCACUGAGAAAAACAUUCCAAAGUUUCAAUUUUGUAUGUAUAAACUUUACGGGUUAAAGUCCAUGCUUUAUAUAUAUAUAUAUAUAUUUUUAUCCCCAUAAGUUCACCAAGUCCUUUGUUAAAACAUUGUGCACUCUGCUUUUCGCAAUGCUUUGUCAUAAUUGCAGUCAUACCAGUGUUUGUCAAUCUUAGAUGUUCUUAAAAUAUCUCACAUGUAUUGAUACGUGUGCUCUGUUAUACCAAGUUUGAGAUUACUUAUUUAUAAUUUUAUAUCUUCCAUUUUACAUGUGCAAGUGUUUGUCAGAUUAACGUUUUUAAUGACGGUAAUUAAACUCAUUCAAUAAAGGACAUGCAUUACAUAUCACAUAGAAAUGUGACCACUUUUUAAUAAAUACUCGUUGAAUUAACAGUAAAAUGAUCUACACUCUUAGAAUUAUUGAUUGUUCGAUUUCAUGGAGAGAGAGUUUGUUUAGGCGUAAUCUAGUACUGUAUAUGUGUAAUGCUAUUUAGCACGUUCUGCAUCAUUCUUCUUUGCCAAUACGGUGGAAUCAAAGCCUAAUUUUCGUGACUCAACAAUAUUUUAAUUUCGUUAGGGUGUGAUUUUUUGCGGAUUUAGAUUCCGUGUAUUGAUAUGCUGUAUAAUUUUUUUGUUUCAGUUAGGCGUUAAGUUUGUGGGAUAGUUUACUCGUGAACUAUGAACCCCCACGAAAUAUAUUGAUUCCAGAGUAUGAGUGGAUAGGAAUUUUGUAUGUUCAAAUGUUUCUCAAAAUGUUUUUAGAUAUACGUGUAUGACAUCUGCAUUCCUAAGGAGCAUUAUCUGUGCAAUAUAUCAAUAUUACGUCUGUUUUUCUGUUAUAUUAUUUCUGAUACUCGCCUAAGUCUGCUCGUUAGAUUCAUGUACAACUCUUGUAUUUUAGAUAUUGUGUAUCUUGUUGUUGAGUUGUAUCUUCCUAUGUAUAUUGUGUUUUAUUAUAUAUGCCACACAUUUUGCCAUCUGGCUGCUGGACAGCCAUGUAUUUCUAUAAAACAUAUCAAAAUCAA